UGACUUUACCUUAUUAUUCCAUCAUGGCAUAAAAAUUAGGAAAGUGGAAAAAUAUUUCUUAAACUACAUAAAUUUUCAUUUCUGCAAGAAAAAAUAAAUAAAUAAAAAAUGUCAAUGAAAUUAUGUUGUUGUCUGUGUUGCACGCUAUGUAAGGAAUAUAAAUCUUUACAAAGUGGUUGUGGAGAAUGUAAUGAAAUCUAUGAAAUUACAGUAAAAUAUUUUGAUCCGAUGUUAAUCAGUGAAGAAUACCACAAUAAUAUGUGUUCCAAAGAGAGGAGUAUGGUGCUUUGCUUGGACUGUUGGCAACAUAUAAAUGACUUUCAUGAAUUUCAUGAAACAGUUAUAAAAACGAGGUCAGCGCUAAAGUACACUAGAUAUAUUCAGAAUUCUCCAUUGCACAUUAAGUCUGAAAAAGAUCAAAUGACUAAUUUCGAUGCAGGUGAUAGUGAGUUAAUGGAAUUUAAAGAAGUAAUUAUUAAAAACGAAAUAGAAGGUAUUGAGAAUCCCAUAGAGGAAGGAACAGAAUUGGUUGAUGAUAUAAACGACGAAGAACAUGAUGAAAUUCCUUUAAGUGAGUUUUUAAAAGAACAAACCCCUUUAAAAUACAACAAAACAAAUGAUGCUUUAGACAAUGAAUCUAUAGGUAAAGCUAAUAGAUUGCAAAAGUCAAAAGUUAAACUUAACGAAAGCACAAAUUUACAGUCUGAACAUAAUGAAGAAGACAAUUCUUUAAGUGGAAAAAUUAAAAAAUCCAAAGAUUCUGAACAUUUUAAACGCCUUCAUCCUGGCUUAAUGAAAUUUCAUAAACAUAAUGAAUUUAUAGCGGAAUGGAAAUCCCAGCUAGAAUGUGGUAUUUGUAAUGAAUCAUUUGAUAAUUUCGAUUCGUUAAAGAUACAUUUUAAGAAGCAACAUAAUGCCAGAUGUUAUGUCAAAUGCUGUGAACGUACAUUUUAUCGUCGUUGUGCUUUGGUCGAACACAUACGUCUACAUAUUAAUCCGGAGAUCUAUAAAUGUGAUAUUUGUGGAAAACCAAGUUCUAAUAAAUAUGGUCUUAAACUCCAUAAAAGAGCUUUACACGCAGAAACACAACAGACAUUUGAAUGUGAGAUUUGUCAAAAGAUUUUCAAGCAAAAGCAAAAUUUUGAACGUCAUAAGCUAAUCCAUGCGACGGGCAAUAAAGAUUUCAAAUGUGAGGAAUGUGGUAAAACAUAUGUUUUAGAAGUUCAACUCAAAGCUCACGUUAAAUUGGUCCACAAUGAUAUCCGGGUUUGUGACCAGUGUGGUAAAACAUUGCACGGUAUUGGAGCACUCAAAAAACAUUUAAAAGAACAUGCGGGUAUUGAAAAACCUAAAUUCCCCUGUGACGAAUGUGGCACCAUUCUAGCUUCAAGUACUAAUUUAAAACAGCAUAAGGCAGCUUAUCACAACGAUGGUUCAACCGUUUUCGUUUGCAGUAUAUGUGGCAAAGUAUCAGGCAGUGAAAGAGGUCUAAUGCACCAUAGAAGAUAUGUUCACGAAAAAGAAAAAAAAUACAAAUGUCCUCAUUGUGAUAAGGGAUUUAAACGACCGAAAGAUUUACAAGAACAUGUUGCCACACAUACAGGUGAACCUUUGUAUCAGUGCGCAGAUUGUCCAAAAACAUUUAAAAAAUCUUCGAAAUAUCAUAAUCAUCGUAAGACUGCACAUCCGUUGGAAUGGGAAAAGGGUAGAAAGAGUCGAGUUGAAAAACAGAAAAUCGAUUUAGAACAGGUUGUAAAACAAGUGAUAGUUUAAGCAAUUAUUUUAAUAAUGUAAAUGACCGAAAAAGUUAUAUAAAGAAAGUCUGAGAAUCCUGAUAAUUUUCAAUAAAGCAGAAUAAUUAUAUUACUCUA